CGGCUAUCGCCCGGAAGACCGAUGCCUCGUGCUCGGUCCCUCCCCUUUCUGACCUUUUACCCGUCCCGGGAGGACCUUCGAUGAGGAAAGGGGAAUGCCGAUGGGGAGGAAUGACAGUGGCGCUCGCUCUUCACGGAGCCUGCUGACAGCAAAGGGGGGUCUCGGCCUAGCAGCGAUCUCCUACGUCUCGAUCGACUACCUCCGAUACUUGUCCCCCUCAUGGCACCAGCGUCUGCAGCCCGCCCUCUGGAUCGUGCUCGCCCUCGCCGCCUUUUCACGUGUACCGUUCUACCGCAAUUGGACGGUGGAGCUCCGUGCAGCAAUUCCCUUUAUCGCUUCCAUUAUCGUCAUGCUCUCCGCUUUUCUCUUUGAAGCCCUCUCCGUUAGGUUCUCAACCGCCGUGCUCGGCCUUGAUUGGCACAUAUCAGCAUCUCCUCUUCCUGAUACUGGCCAAUGGUUGCUAUUAUCACUGAAUGAGACUCUUCCUAAAUUGGUGGUCAAUAUACUUCGAGCUCACAUUGUUGGGCUGCAUCAUUUUCUAAUGCUAUUCAUUAUGUUAGGAUUCUCUGUAUUAUUUAACUCUAUUAAGGCCCCAGGUCUAGGACUUGCUGCAAGGUACAUGUUCACAAUGGCUAUUGGCCGUCUUCUUCGAGCUAUAACCUUUGUGUCUACAAUUCUUCCUUCAGCUCGACCUUGGUGUGCAUCAUCAAGAUUUGCUAUCCCAGCACAUCCACACCCUUGGGCUCAAAAAUAUUAUGUGCCAUAUGCUUCUGAUUCUAAUGCUAUUCACAGGUUAAUACAAAGUGAUAAUCAUUUUGCAAAUGUUAAGGAUUAUCCCGUGGAAUAUCAGCCAGACUGGGGAAAGAUGAGUUUUUUGAUUGAUAUAUUAAGACCUACUGUCGCUGAGGGAUCUACAUGGUACCAAUUGUUGAAGAAAGCUGGUGGUGGUUGCAAUGACUUGAUGUACAGUGGUCACAUGCUUGUGGCGGUGUUGACGGCUAUGGCAUGGAUGGAAGCAUAUGGAGGUUGGACGUCUGCUUUGAUCUGGUUCCUUGUCCUCCAUAGCGCACAGAGGGAGAUACGUGAACGACACCAUUACAGCGUGGACGUUGUUGUUGCUAUCUAUGUUGGUAUUCUUCUGUGGAAGAUGACUGGCUUUAUAUGGUCGAACCAAGACGUUGCUAAGUCCAGACGGCUUGCUAAGCUCAACGAACUCCAAGGCAGACUAAACCAUGCCGCGAAGGACUCAGACAUCGACGAGAUAAGAGAGCUCUUGAAGGAAGUGGAGUUGGCCGGCCAAAACCAGGGAGGGUUCCCCCAGUGGAUGAUAUAUGUGUUUGCAGUAUUUGCCACGGCCUUCAGUCUCGCCUGUGUUUUAUUGGCAUUCACAUUGACCAGCGAUGGCUGAUUCCUGGUGAGCUCUUUUACUGUAUUUUAAUUAGUUUUUUUAGGCAUCCUUUUCUUUCUUCUGUUUGAUUCCCAUAAAUACUUUGAAUUAUGCUGUGCUCAUUCAGCUUUAAUAGUUUAAAAUAUCAGGUUAAUGUGGUUAAGGGAAAGAACAAAAAUUGUUAUUUAGUUGAUUAAGCAAUUAGAGCUGACAGUU